AGGAAGUGGGGGAGGCGGGUCUUGGCGGCAGGUGCGCAUGCCGUUUUUGGAAUUGGGAAGGAAAGUACGCAGUGAUUUUAAAGACAGCAAAUAAUGCCGAGAAAAUCGAUGCCUCUCGCGCCGCGAAGACCGACUACGAUGAAAUCGAACUCAAUGGCGUCGAAACUGAACCUUGCGGUUUGGAACCGUUGUAAGAAAUCUGCACACGAGUGGAUGUCGAUGCAUAGGCAUUGCCUUUAUGGCCUCAAGAUCAUCAAAGUGUUGGCUGGACAAUGGUGACAAGGAGAUAAUAUCAAUAUGUGAAGGCCAAAAACCAGUUGGAAAUAUGUGUUGCCUUAUCUGCCAUGCAACCAUUGGGGACUGCUUUCCCUUCCAUGGGUCAAAGGACCUGGUGAGAAGUGUCACUCUGAAUGGUAGCAAAGCCAUUCUGAAGAUGAAGAAUCUGUCCAUCUUAAGUGAAGAAUAUAUUCAGUCACUUGUAAGCUUUGAAAAGCAUGCUGACCAGCAAGCUGUUUUUGCAAAUGCACUGCAAGGUCUUGUUGCCUUUGAAAUAGGCAAUGAUGAUAGUAUGGAUGUGCAGAACCUGCUAUGGCCUUGGCAGGACAUCGCUGAUCUCUUCAAUGAAUCCAAAUGGCUGGAACUGAGGCAAAUCCUGUGGUUUGCUCACAAUGAUGAGUUCAAGUUGAUGCAGCUGCACCAGCACCUGUCAGUGUUUCCAGAACUACUGGGCACCUGUGGCAACAUGUAUGCCGUGCAGCAUGUGGCAAUCCUGCUAGACAGCCCAUUGCUGGACAUGCUGCCUGCCUUCAUGGACAUUUGCCAUGCAGCCCGCAGUGUGAGCCGCAUCCUACAGUACCUGCGCCGCCUGGUGACUGCCUUCCCAGGUGGCCUGCACCUCUGUGACCUCAAGUGGAGCCACUUUGGUGAGGCCCCAGAUGGCCGACUGCGCUUCAUUGACCUGGAUGCUGCCUUCCUGCCAGCCAAGAUGGCCGCUACACAGCGAGCGACUGACUGCCGCGCCGACGCCGACUGUCACUUCUUCGACUGCCGUGGCACGUGCGACCAGCGCCGCGGCCGCUGCCGGCCGCAGGUCAGCGACAACAUCAGCAAUUUUUGCCGGCAGCUGGUGUGGCCGCGCGCAGCGCUGCUGCCUGGCCGGCUGGGCCUGCUGGGCUGGUUGCUUGACCCCGAGGAGGCGGCGCUGCUGGAGCGGUGCGCCGAGGGCGGCGGCGCGACCCUCGCUAGCCAGGUGCAGGAGCUGCUGGCGGCGCUCGAGGACAGACUCUGCGACGCCGGUUGAGCAGCGGGCCCGGCAAUGGCGAGGGCCUGUCGCUGGGGCGAUGCCACCGGGCAAGCGGAGUCGUGCUUGGUGCUCGGAUGGUCGGCAAGCUGUGAUGCGACUUGGCUGAGUAUUGUUCUGUGAAGUGCGCUUAUGAUUACUCGGUACAAAUCGUUAUGGAGGCAUGUUGUGUGCACAGGUAUUUGGUUAAACCAAUGGACUUCCAUUAUAUUUCAUAUUUUGAUGAGGGACUAGAUAUUAUCUUGAUUAGAGAGUCUUCCGAAGUGGUUUGUUUAUGGCUGUAUGGCUUUUUUGCUUCCAUGUAGAUUAGGACCAUUUCAGCCACCAAUGAUCACUUCUGAACUUUAUGAUUAAAGGCGGUGUAGAGUGGUGAAGUGAGACUGCUUGCAUAUCAGUGUUCUGCUACAGGGCCUUAUCCUGCGCAGGGAUCCACUUUCGCCCGCGGGAGCUCAUGUUGGGUCAGAGGAGGCGCGUCGUAGCCGGCUCGUGGCUGAUGCAUAGAGCUCGCUCCCGAUAGACGGGGCGCUGCGCCGAUUCAGGACGAAGCGUGAAUGAGGGAAGAAGUAUGGUUCCGUUCUUUGAAGAAAAAAAGUUGUCUUGUUAUUGCUGCUAGUAUCACAUUGUUCCCACGCUGCCUAUCCAAACAGUCUGCAUUAUCUUGUGAUGCAUAUUCCACGGUCAAAUGAGCUUAAGAUGUUUGAGCGAAGUCCCCUUUUUGCACUGAACUGGAUGCGCGGUGAAUGGUUCAUGAAUGUUCUGCACCAAAACGAAGACUGGAAAUAUUUGCAAAUUCACGGAUGCUCGUUGCGCCUGUCGUGGUACAACGGGCAUCACAGUGACAGUGCCUUUUUGGUAAUACCUCGUUGGCUACGCGUUAAAUGCCCUUCAUGUUUGGUUAAAACUGUCGUAAGCUUAGAGCCAAAGCAUUCCUGCAUUGGAAUGCUUGCGCUGGUUGCUCUUGCAUUGCGUUGUAUGGCACUGUGUCGACGCACAAACUGUGAUUACCCUGCUCCGUUUGUAUAUGUGCCGUUUGGUGUCUGUUGUUUGGCGCUGAUGCUGUGCUGUGUCACGGAGGUUGUGGUGAUCGGUGAUCGAGCCGCCGUGGCUGCGUCGUGGACCAAAUACAUUUUGUGAUAUAUCUGA